UCUAUACUUCCGCAUGAAUCCACGAAUUCGACUCACUUUUAAUGUCAAAUUACACAAAAAUCUCGCGAGACCCAAGAGUUUGCAAUCGCCGGAAUCUUGAGCAAUAGUUCAGAGUGGGUAACGUUAAAUGAAAUUAGUGAAAAGGAUUAUUUUAUGUUUGUCGUUCGUGAGUUGUGAACCAUCAAAAGGAGUGAGGGACAAUGUUAUCCAUCUCCGACAGUGUAAUUUGUCUCACGAUUGCAUCGAUUGCCUCACACUUUUUAACAGACACAAAUACAACGGAUGAAGCUGAAUUGGCAAAUAUACUAAACGAUGUUUAGUUUAGUUUAUUGCCAAUUGUACCGAUGUCUAGUGAAAAGCGUUUGUUGCGUGCUAACCAGUUAGCGGAAAGACAAUACACGAUUACAAUCAUGGUGUACAGAUACACUAGGGAAUAACGUUUAAUGCAAUAUAAAGCCAGCAAAGUCCGAUCUGAUAGUCCGAAGGUCUCCAAUGAUGGAGAUUGUACACCAGCAUUGUGUGUCUAUCUUCGGAGUAAACCAGCAUCUGCAGUAUCUUCCGACACAUUUCGUCUGCUUUCUCGCUGUGGUGGGAUGGCUCAGUGUAUAACAGCUGUGAAGAAACUAUUCCUGAAUCUGGGAAUGUAUAUUAAACUACGAAAUGUUAUAUUAAACUAGAAGUAUGAACCAUUUGAAAAAAAAAGUAUUCCUCCCUUGAUUGUCCAAUAAACUCCCUUGUGCCAUAUUUUGAGCAAAGAUUGGUUUUGAGUAGCUAAUGCAUCUUGAAGUGCUAAAUGUGAUGUGAACUCGCAACCCGGAGCCCGGAGCCGCCACAGUGUUGCACACACUGCUAUUGGAUGGCGUCAGAGAAUGAUCAAGCUGUAACUAAAUCAGCCCUGUGUGGCGUCAUAAAGGCGGGUGCGAAUGACGUCACGGAAAGCCGCGCUGCAUGCCCCGGCCGGCCCCCAGGUGUGAACGCUGCACUGGGGAGGGCGAUGGAGCCAAGCGCGUCUGCUCUUGAGCUGCACGACGAUCAACUGAAUUCCUGAUGUCUCAUGGAAUCCACUGGCAGACAAACGGAGAACGGUUAUAAGUGUGUCAAUGAAAUGCAGACUGGAGGAACCCACAUUAACUUUUUAGAACAAAAUAAGCUACACGAGUUGAAUAUUGGAUUUGCUGAAGAAAUUUUUCUGCAUUUGGGAAUGAGCGAUGAGAAGUUUCUAACGUGGAAUCGCAAAAUGGAUAACUUAGAAAGAAAAGAAGCUAACUGCAGUCAAUUUCGAUUUGACAGUAAUUCUCCUUUAGACACCAGUUCAUUAAGCAUCACAAAAGAGGAAAUGUCACUUGCCACUGAAACUAUCAGUCUAUCUUCGGAACUAGCCCAGGAUGAAGUAAACUCUAACGAUUGCAAGGAGGAGAAGACGCAUGUAGAUUUUAUGAGCAGGCUUCUUUACCUGAACAACUUGGAAGAAGACUUGCGUUCCCUGGAUUUAUCAUCUUUUUCAGAGACCUCCUCCGGUGAUAGUGAUGCAGAAGGAUCCUUAAUGAAGGAUAAGAACUUGAGCCUAGAUAAGAGGUCUAGUGACAGCACAGGAGAUGAGAUGAUCAACAUCCCCAAAAAAGACAAGCUGAAGAAGGAACAAUGGGAAGAUGAUGCACAAGUCACUGAAAGUUCACAGAUACAACAGCAACAUGAUGUCGUGGAAAAACAGUUUGACCAUGUUAAAGCUUUACUGCAGGCAAAUCAAUUAUUGACAGAAGGGCUUCGAACAAAAUUGCUUCAGAUAUGGUGCAAUGUACGUAAAAAUCAAGCAGGAGAAUCUCUGGAUGAUGAGAUGAGUGACGAUGGCACAGAGAGCCUUGACGCAUUUUCCGGGGAGAAAUCAUCUGUGGCCAGUGGACGUGUUGGGGAUUUAUUGAACAAGCAACAAACCAGUGUGAUAAAGUUACCCAGGGACAAUGGACAGACUGAAGGAGCGAAUGGCCACACUGAAAUAAGCCACUUAGAGCACAAUGUGAAUUGCUUCACUGACCAUAUUCCAAUCACACAACUGCAGGUUGGGACUAGGUGCUUAGAAGGAGAAGUGGCAGCUCUAGAAAAGGACUUUGAGCAACACUGUGUGGUUCCUAAAGAGCAGAUUGCACGUCCUAAGUAUGCUAGUUCCAAAACAGAAACUGUGGACCGAACAUCACAUAAAGAACAGCUGGUUACUCACUUGGAAAGUACCACGAACAAAAUGCAAGAAUAUAACCAGAAGAUCAUGCCUGCAAAAGGCACAAUCGAAGAUACUGCAGAGACGGUGAAGGGUAGGUUGCAAAAAGUUCAGUGGCAGCUGUCAGAAAUCGAGGAGGCCAACAGAAAUCUUCACUUUCAAAUCAUAAAACUGAAUACCGAUUACAGUCAAAUCCAGGAAUUUCACCAAUUUAUGACUGGUGACAACAAAACCUCAGCAAACCAGCGUGUUGAUUUGCAAGCAAAUUACAACAAUACGGCAGAAGAGAACGAGCAAAUGCUGCAAGUAAUAACCAAACUGGAGACGAGAAUAGAAGCAACACUUUUAAACUUAUCUGAGAUCAAAAUGGAAAAGAAUUGCUUGGAACGGCAAUUCCGGUCCUUAAAAGAUGUGUACAACAGCCAGAGAGGAGGAAGAAUCGCAGAGAAGGAGCAGUUCAAAGACUGUGGUAAAGCCCUCAGCGAGGGUCAAGUCUUGCGGGCACGUCCCGACAGGGACCACUUCCGCACGCAGAACCUGACGAAGGAUAUAGCCGCGGUGAGAAGUGAGAACCACCGACUUCAACGGGUCACUGAGGAGGAGAUUAGGAAAAGUAAACUGGUCAUGGCAGACGUCAAGAGGUGGAAGAAAGAAUGUCACAAACUCACAACGGAGCAUCAGGAGAAAGAAAGACAAACUAAUAUUGUGAUCCAAAUGUUGAAAACAGAAAUGGAGGCAUUGAAAGACGCUUCUGAAAAGAAAGAAAAAGAAAUGAAGCAGAACAUGCAAAUGCUGGCUAAUGUUAUCCUGGAUAUGAAACUGGUACACUCGGAUUUGUCUGUCAAAUGGCCGUCAGACAAAGGGGAUUGUGCCAAUUCCACAUGCGUAAAGAAAACCAGCCAAAUAUUGUCCAAGAUAGAUGGCAUUCUCUCGUCCAUGGAAGGAAUAUUCGUUUGCCGGGAAUCCAACAAUUGUUCUAGUGGUUGGCUACCAGGUGGAGACACAGGCAGCAAAGGAGUUAGAGACACGAAGGAAAUGGUUCCUGCAACGAUCAAUGGACGCAAACACUCAAAACAUGAGGAAUGUGCAGCAAUUGAUUUGAAAGUGAGGGAAUCAUUGGGCAGGUCUGCAUCGUCCCACAAAACUAGCAAGAAGGAGUCAAUUCAAAAACGUAUCAUCAAAAGGAUCGAAGAAUGUCAAAUGCUCGCUGCAGAGAAUGUAAAACUUCACAACUGUGUUAAAGAAUUGGUGUGCAAGGUGAAUGGUUUCAACAAAAUAAUCCAAUACGCUGACCAAAGGCUUCAAAUGAAUAAUUCGCACAUUGUGAGGCUGGAAAAGAAGAACUCCAUUUUGUUUGUUGCUUUGAAUAAGAUGGCCAGAAAGAAAGAGAUGAGAGACAGUUCACCAGGAUCUACAAGUGACAGCAGUAAAACAAGUGAAAGAGCUCAUUGUUCAAGGACAGAAGGAAACCACAUCAGUGAUAAGGGUAUUUUCUCUGCUAAAGGUGAAUAUUUCCUAUUUAAUUUUCACAAUUAUACUGAUGUAAGAAUUGUUUUCAAAAUCUGUUCAUGGCCAGAUAAAUGGAAUAACAUUCCACAGCAGCCUAUUUUCUUUCAUGGAUCGGAAGGGGUUUUCAUUCGUGGAAGUAUUAUCAUGCCCUAG